UCUCACCAGUUGAACACUUUUUCAUGCAUUUCUUCAAACGGUUCGAUUUUUCGGCAGUCAUUGGUUGUAUAUCGGUGAAAGUGAGCGUAAUUUCCAGGUUAUGAUGUUAUAUUUUUCACGAGUUUCGAUUUAUCUCUUAGUUUUGUGUCUUAGUUCUGCACAUGGUGACAAUGUUCUUGUAUUGAUGGGAGUACCAUCACCUAGUCAUUUCAUUUGGAUUAGACCAGUAAUUAACCAACUAGCAGCAAAUGGUCAUAAUGUGACAGUGCUUUCUGUUAACGUUGAUCGUGAUCCACCUAAAAACGUUACGUACAUCCAUCUAGAAGAGACGUAUAAUGUAUUGUAUGGGAAUACAAAUGUUUUCAACAAUAUUAUGGAGAGAUCGAAGGAUAAUCCAUUUCAAGCGGUGAUAUCGGCAUACAAAUUUUGCACUCUGGCGUGUCGAGGAUGCACAACUUCCAAAGGAUUCAAACUGCUGCUCAACUAUCCGGACAAUUUUCAUUUCGACCUUGUCAUCUACGACUGUAGUGCUGGACCCUGCAUAUUAGGAUUCUUGCAGAAAUUUGGUUACCCACCCUUGAUCAGUGUUUCUGCAUUUGGAAUUCCACACUACAGCACUCUCAUCGUCGGUGGAUAUAAGCCAUCAUCACACGUUCCGCACUUUUCACUCACAUACGACAGUCGGAUGAGUUUCAUCGAAAGAGCAACUAACUUUUUAGUGCACAACUUCGACUCAUUCUACCGUAGAUGGGUUUUUAUGCCUCGAAUUUGGUCGAUUGCACAACCUGCUUUCGAGAUUGAUCUUCCUGAUUUGGAAAGCUUAGAACGCAGUCAGUUGAUGUUGGUGAACUCGAACCCUUUACUGGACCAUCCCGAAGUUUUACCUCAAAAUGUUAUUCCAGUUGGUGGACUCCAGAUUGCGGAGCCAAAGGAUUUACCACAGGAUAUCCAAAAAUUCAUCGGUGCAAGCACGAAAGGCGCAGUAUUAUUUGCAAUGGGUACGAACUUCAAAAGUAAGAUGUUUACCUCCGAAAGGCAGGCAAUGUUCAUCGACGCUUUCGCGCAAUUUUCGGAGUACAGUUUUCUGUGGAAGUUUGACGAGGAUAAUAUCACAAUCCCUAUUCCACCCAACGUAAUGAUCAGUAAGUGGUUACCUCAAAGUGACAUUCUUGCGCAUCCUCAAGUAAAGGUAUUCAUCUCGCAUUGUGGUUUACUUGGAACAUAUGAGACAACAUAUUUCGGAGUUCCAAUAGUCGGAAUACCUGUUUAUAUUGAUCAGCAUAAAAAUGCUGCCACACUGGUAAGAAACGGCGGAGGACUCUCUUUGAAACUGGCCGAUCUUACUGCAGAAUCAAUUGAGAAAACAUUACGUGAAGUGCUGGAGAACAGCACUUUUAGACUUAAUAUGCAAAAUAUGUCGAAACUUUUACGUGAUCAACCAGAGAAACCCCUCAAUCGUGCUAUCUGGUGGAUUGAGUGGGUUCUUAGGCAUCCUCAUGAGUACCACUCACAAUCUCCGACGCUCGAUUUGGAUGUGAUAUCUGACAGUAAUGCGGACGUCAUUAUAUGUUUUCUAUGUAUUUUGAUAACUAUUUUGUACAUUCUAUUGAAGCUAUUCAAAUAUUUAAAAACCUUUAAAAAGUCUGCAGUAUCUGAGGACAACAAAAAAGUAAAAUAAAUCUCUUACAUUUAAUACAAGUA